ACUGCGUCCCCUCCCAGAUGUUGUCACUCUGUCCACCCCUCCGCCCCUCACUGAGUCUCUGCAGCUGGACUUGCAAGGAUGAUGUGCGGAGGAGUGUCGGCCACCAAACCGGCCACAGCCGAGACGCAGCGGAUCGCCGACCAGGUAAAGGCACAGCUUGAAGAGAAAGAAAAUAGGAAGUUUCCAGUCUUUAAGACUAUGGAAUUUAAAAGUCAAGUGGUUGCUGGAACAAACUACUUUAUUAAGGUUCAUGUCGGUGAAGAGGAAUUUAUACAUAUUCGAGUGUUUGAAAGUCUCCCUCAUGAAAACAAGCCAUUGGUUCUGUCCAGUUAUCAAACCAAGAAAACCAAGAAUGAUGAAUUGGCCUAUUUUUAAUGCACCAUUUUGAAUAGGGGCCCUUUGUUCUUUUGUAUGGGUACAUUAUAUACAUCAUAUAGGCAGGUAUUAAAAUUUGGGACAAUAAAAGAAAUCUGAUAUUUAAUAAGUAGCUUUCUGUUUUCUAACUCUGAUAUAUGACCACAGAUCGUUUCAUUAUUCACCAGUGAUCUUCAAGUACACUGAACUUAUGUAGCAAUACAGCUAUGCCUUCUCUGGGCCUCAAUAUCUGUAGUUCAACCUUUCAGUUUGUAAAAGAUUGAUAACAUUCCUUAGAAGAACAUGCUGGAGAGCUAAUUUUUACCUUUUGGCUAAGGUGGUCAUGAACUUCAUAGAUUUAGAGAUAAUCGAGUUAACCCCUUCAUUUUCAAAUGAGGAAUCUGAGGCCUGGAAAAAUUAAUCAACUUGAAUAAUUUCAUACAGAUAAUAAGUAGCAGUACUAGGACUCAUCUGGUUCUAAAGCCGGUGCUCUUUCCAUCAGGUUGCUAUGCGCUGAUGCUUUAAUCCAGCAGGUGGCCGCCCUGCAGGGGACCUGCAUAUCUCUUGGCAUUAAUUAUAUCCACAUAUAAUUGGUUUCUUUCAGUUGCCCACAUUGAAAUUUUCAUUUGUAACAGAGUAAGGCUUUUGUGGGCUGUAACUUGUGAAUGACCACUUAUUUCAUCAUCUCUUUCCUGCUUGCUGAAAUUCUGUGGUAAGACACCUUCUUUCCCUCUACCCCACAAAAUGGCCCAGACCCCUUCCCUUCUCCUGUACAUUGGAUUAGCAAAGUUGCACCCUGGACUUGAUUGGCCUCAGCUUUGCUAACACAAUUUAUUAGCCACAUAAGAGCAUAAAAAGUUCUAGUCACACAUAGAUGGGCCACUUGGACGUGGUGGAUUUCUGAAAACCACACAAGUCACCAUGUCCUUCUUUAUAUUCUAUCUUGAUGACCAGACUUAUUUCUAUAUGGUCAUGCAGCCAGAAGAACUAAGUGCCCCAGUAUCUUUGUUGUAUAUUCCUGCUGUGUUAGGGCAAAGUAAACCUUUUUCAAACUG